GUCUACGUGAUAGGUUAGUGUGACAGCAUAGUGCCAACAUUUGAUAAUAUAUAUUUUACAUCUGUUUUGUAAUGGAUCAGGAAUUGGGUGAAAAAGAUAUUCCAAACGCCAAGGCGGUUAGAAGAUGGCCAGUUGAAUCGCAGGAGGAACCCAUUUCAGUGAUCAGGGAAGAGACGGAGGAAGAACUUAAAGCAGUGGAUGACCAUGCCAGACCCCUGACCAGUAAAGGUCGUUUACAGACACACUUUCCCCAGCAGAAUCGUCCACCAUCAAGUAAAAAUAAAUAUCCUCGUCCAGGAAGCACUCGGUCACAGACUUCAAGUCGCCCAGGAACUGGUGGCUCCAGAAAGACAGUAAGUCGAGCCAGCAGUAGAAAGUCCCGUCCAGAGAGUAGUGGAUCCCGCCUGGAAAAACCCAGACCUGGCUCGGACAAUAGUGACAGUGAUGAGGAAAUCCCAACGAGGCCCCCUCUCCAACCUGAGAUUGACUUCACUACGGUCGAUAUCAGUGAUGAGAAAGCCUUUGACACUGAUCUGGAGGACAAAGGAGCAGGCUCUACUCCCGGAGUUUCUAUAGACCUGGUUGCAGACUUCCAGUAUCUGAGAACAGCUUAUGCUAUAGAUACAAACCUCAAGUUUAGCGAUAAUCUAUUUGCAGCUCUUAAGACCACCACUGCCUAUGAUCCUACAGGAAGGACAGCCUAUAUAGAAGGAUGUAAAAAAGCAGGUGUUGUUCCUGCAUCCUACUUCCUACGUCACAUGAAUGAUCCCCACCUCAGCAUGAAGCACCAUGGUCUGGGGUCACAGGGAAUGAGGGCCAUUGCAAUGUCCCUAGUGUCCAAUACCAGUGUUUUGACCCUUGACCUCAGUGAUAAUUGGUUGGGGCAACAUGGAGGCCAUGCUGUAUGUGAGAUGCUCAGGGAUAACUGUUUUAUUACACAUUUAGAUUUAUCUGAAAAUAAGCUUGGCCUUCAAAGUGCAGAAUCUCUUUCUCAAGUACUACAGCAAAACUCAACUUUAACCCACGUCACUCUGUCUGGUAACGAUUUUGAUGACAAGGCAGCCAUUCACUUUUCCGAUGCAAUAAUGAACUCAACUAAAUUAGAGUAUUUGAAUCUAAGCCAUAAUUUAUUUGGGGAGAAUGCAGGAGUCAUCUUAGGUCCUGCCAUUGCUGACAACAGCUCACUCAAAGAACUUGAUCUCAGUUGGAACUCCAUACGCAGGAAAGGAGCUGUUGCAAUAGCUCACGGCUUAAAGAAUAAUGUUUAUAUGAAGAAGAUAAACUUGUCUUGGAAUGGCUUUGGAUUGGAGGGAGCCAUUGCUCUGGGCGAUUGCUUAAAGGGGAAUCAAGUUUUAGAGGAAGUGGAUUUAACGAAUAACAGAAUUACCUCAGAAGGAGCUGUUCUGAUAGGAAAAGGUGUAUCUGCAAAUGAAACAUUGACCACAUUAAGAAUGGGUAGAAAUCCAAUGCAGACAGCAGGCUGUUAUGGAAUUUGUGCAGCCAUUCUCAGAAAUCCAAACUGUGGACUAAAAGAAAUUGAUUUUAAGGAUAUUCUUGUGAAUAAGGACUUUGAUGAUAUUUUCAAACAAGUUCAAGAGCAGAUUCCUGAUAUCAAGAUGAGGCAUGGCGGUAUGGAACCACCUAAGAAGCCACGAGCCAGGAUCCACCCUAUGGUGAAACUGACCAACUACAUUGAAAAGAACAAUCUUCGUUUAGUGGACUUCUUUAAUAAAUUCGACAAAGAUGGAAGCAUGAGUGUUACUUAUGAAGAGUUUCAGCAAGGGAUUGAGUGUGCAAAGGCUGCUUUACAAAAACUUGUGAAAUCUGAAACAUUCAAGGACACAGGGAUAAAGCUUUCUCAGGAGGAGGUCCAAAUCUUACUGAAUGAACUAGACAGUGAUGGGGACGGAGAAAUCAAUUUCAGUGAGAUGGUGAGUGGACACACCGGGUUUCAGGAGAGUCAACAAGAGAACGUGAAUGUGAUACUGACAGCAACACAAGCACGACCAGUAACAACGUAACAAAGGAAAUUGGGACAGAACGAGGACCUGAAAAUCAGUUACAGAGGAGACCCUUAUAAACAUGUCAAAGCAGGAGAGGAGAUACAUGACUUCUUCAUAACGUCUUUGUUGGCAUCGGCAUACUUCCAAGUUUCAAAACAUUAUGUGACUGUGAUAAACUUCAAACUUCCGUCCAUUUAUUGAGAUUGAGCUAUUUUUAGAACUUCUAAGGAUUUAAUGAAUGACAUUUUUUAAGACUGAAAUUCCCUACAAAAUAUUUUUCUUUGUUAUUCAAAUAUAUAUAUUUUUUUUUUUGCUUAGACUACAAAUUGUUUAUAAUUU